CUCGGCUUCUACUGGCGACCCGAGAUUCUCGGUACGGCAUUUUCGGGCGUCGCUACCGAGGCGUUCGAAAAGGCCAUGAAUCAAGGCAAGAAGAUGAAGAAGGACGCGUGGCCGAUGGUCAUGAAGCCGCCAGAGCCGGGGACGAAGGGUCCCAACGUGCCUGAUGCAGGACCCAAGGGGGCAGAGAGGCUCAUCAGCAAGUCGAUGAAGUAUGCGCAUCCAAGAGAUGUGGAAGUGAUCAACACCUCGCUUAUGCCCAAUACUACCGCACAUUACUUCUCUUUCACCCUCCCUUCGCACUCUGCUGCGGCCUCGGCUGCCCGUACUCGCCUCGAUAGCGUCCAGACGGCCGAGAACCGGUCGGUCACCUCCCUCGACCAGCUCUCCAGCAUCACCGCCAAGCAGCGCCAGGAUCUCUCCAAGGAAGCCUUCAUCACCUACUACGGCGCUACUCUUACGGUAUGGACCAGCGCCGAACCGGACCGGUCUCGCCAGCUCGCCGAUAUCCGCGCGCAGCUCAAGAAGAAGGGCAACCUGGACCCCGUCCUCCGCGCACCUAUCACCGAGCCCCUCGAUGACAAGAAGGACGGGACCAAGCGGGGAAAGCCGCUCGCCCCGUGGAUGCCUUACCGGAACGCCUCGACGACCGACUUUGACGGUAGCGAUACCGAGACGGUCCGAUCGGGGUUCUCUGGUGGUGGCUUCCCGGGCGGAAGGGGCAUCAAGGGUACAGUGGAGAGUAGCGAUGUGGGGAUUGGUCCGCUCAAGGCUGGAGAGGGGGAUACGUUCUGGAUGCCUUAUGCGUUGACUUUGGUCUCGCGUCACCCAAUCUUCGACACCAUGAUCGACUACAUCCGGACCAGCUGGAGCAUGUACCAAAAGAGCGCGAAGCGAAACCUGUACCAAAUGUGUAAAGUCCUGAACCACCCCGUUCCUCGUCCAGGAGAAAUGUAUCGCCUCAACAUUGGCCGUAAAGCCGACGGAGAGGAGAUCACCAUCGAGACGACCUUCCCUGGCGCGGUCGACUUUGAGAAGGGACUCAUCAAGACGGAUUUCCCGCUUUGGCCGCUCUUCCAGGCGGUAGACGUCGAUGGUAUCCUCACUGCCAUCGAGAUCGCCAUGAGUCACUCGGGCAAGGUCAUCUUUACGAGUCAAUUCUCCAACAUGCUCUGCUUGGCUGUGCAUACGCUGCGGUAUCUGGUGGAGCUGAGGGGGUGGAAUGGUGUCACUGUGCCCAUCUUGCAUUCGCGCGAUAUCUCGUUCAUGAUUGAAGAUCCAGGGCCGUAUAUCAUGGGUUUGCCGAUGGAGUGUCGAUACAUCUUGGCUCUGCCCAAUGAGGCCUGUGUGAUCGAUCUGGACAAUAAAUCCCCUCCAGCUGGCGUCGUCACCCCGCGAGCUCGACGGGAGAAGGUGAAGCAAAGGAUCUAUCAAGCUCUGGGACCAGAAUACCCUUUGGAGCGGAGCAUCCCCACCGAGCUCAAGAUUGCCUUCCCAAACAACCGAUUCCGACCCUUCCAUCGGAUCUUCUACGAUGGCGAGCAAAGGCCUCAUUUCCUCGGUGAACGGCUCAGGUCGCCGCCCUGGUGGCAGGUCAGCGAGGUCAUCACUGUUCUGGACAAGAUUAUGCUCGAUAAGCUAUCUCUCUCACACAAUAGAGCGAGCAGAGCUGACGGAGCAGUGCACUAUAUCGACGCGAGAGACGAGCUCGAGAUCAAGGUCGCCAAGAUCAACGGGCGGCUGAUGGAGCUCAUGCAGGAGGGGGAGAAAUACCGCAAGAUGUUCCAAUCCUUCGAGCACCAAGCAGAUCUGCUCGCCAGCGAGCAGACUCGGCUGCAGGCGCUUGUGCAGUACGAGCAAGAGCAGGCGGGCAUACUCAAGAAGCUCUCCAAGCUCCGCUCCAAGGAGUACGACGACUUGGACGAGCGGCUGCAGGCGACCGAGCAGGCGAGGGAGACUGCUAUGCGGCAAUUGUCGGACAUGCAAGAGAACAUGCAUGACCUCGAGCGGGAACGACAAGCCAUCAUGGAUAUCAUCGAAGACCAGAUCACGUCCGCAAUCGAGGGUAACGAGGCCGAACUCCACGAGAUACACAACGCCGUCGCGACUGGCAUCGUCCCCGAGAGCCCCGCCUCGCACAUCUCGUCCCUCCCCGACGAUGGGCCUCGGGACCUCUCCUCCCUCCGCACGAAACAGCAGACUUUGGCUCCGCGCGGCAAGAUGUACAGACCCGGGACGACCGAGUCGGCCAUGACGACCACGUCGAGGAUGACGAACAGGACGGAUGCGAUCAGUAUUCUGGGUUUGGCGAGGAAGGGGUACACCGGAGUGGGCGGGGCGGGAGAUAAGCGGAGGAGCAUGGAUACGAAUGGAGGCGGGAGGGACGAGGUGGCUAUCCGGAUCGCUGCUAUUCAGGCCAAGGUGAGCUAG